CCUCUCUACCUCUUCUGUCCCUCUCAACCCGCCUGGCCAGCAGCAGAUGGGUUCCCCACAUAAAGAGCUGGUUGUGCUCGAGGUUUCUUUCCUGUUAAAAGGGAGUUUUUCUUGCCACUGUCACCUUUGGGCUGCUCUAUAUAAAUAGAAUUGAAUUAACACCAAACACAUGCUUUCACAGCUUCUAAUCCGGUUUUCUGCAGAUAAAACGUUGUAUAUAAAGGACAGCAUCUCCCGUUAGAGAAACUUUGACGUUACGAGAAUCGACAGCCUCUAAAAAAGAUCACAAAUGCGAACGUCAAUUUAAAGGAGGGAAAACAUUUCUCAGAAACCUCUGGAACGGCUUGGAUCUGUUUUAAGAACCGCAGAGUUCCCAAAACAGCCGAUAAAACGCACCAUUCUGGAAGCUUUCAUCACCUUCCAGCGCGUUUGUGGGAAUUUACUGAUUCUGUGUGACGCCUCCGGCUCUUUUAGUUUGGUUUUCUCAUUGGGAGGUAGUCAAAUCAUCCCGUAUCUCCACUUUUUAACCCUCGUUUUAAUGGGAAACACACUGCAGACUAAAUCUAAAAGCAGUCGUCUCGGGAGGAAUUCAGUUUUUCUUUUUCAACUUAGGUGUCGACGGAGUCAUGAACUGCUUCAAAAACAUUUCGACUUUAAACGGAACCAAAUGAGCAGAAAAGUUUUGUUUUGGUGGUGAGAAAUGACAGAUUAUUGGAAGUGUUUAGUCGCUGAUGAGCAGCUCUAAAGACGAGCCAGGCUGCUCAUGUUCUGAUGAGUUUCCAGAAAAUAAAAAAAGAAGAAAAGCAGAUUCACAGUCCAUUCAUUUUGCAUGCCUUAAUGACCUAAAGUCUGACUGAAAACACAAAUAAACAAGAGAAAUGCAUCAGUUGGAGUCACUUAGCAACCAAUAUUUACAAUAAUCUGAAGAGAAUCAAGAAUCAUUUCGUCUUAAUUAAAGAAGCCGCUCAAUCUACAGCUUCAUAAAAUCUAAUCAUUCCUUAUUUUUACAUUAUUUUAGACUUAAAGAGAUUUCUACAACCGCUUAAAUCAUCCUCUAAACAAUUCCACAGUUUCAAGUCAACUACCAAAAUAAAAUUUCCUUCUUCCUCCUGAUCCUGUCAGCUACAUUUCUCUGUUGUUUUUACAUGUUUUACUAGUAAUGCUGUGUCUAAAAUGUUCAAAUCCUUGAAGUUGUCUCAAAUUUCUGCAUCUUUAGCUCAAACUUUGCCCAGAUAAAAGUGGAAACAGCUUUAAAGUGUCAAAGUCUGCAUAUUGAAGUCAGAAGAAGUGACAAAAAACAUUGUGUUAGAGCAGUUAAUGGUGAUUUUUAACCAUUUCUGUGGACAAAAUGUUCAAAAAAAGGUUGCUCCUGCUUGGAAAAGACACAAAAAAAUGACAAAAUGAUGAUGAAUUUCACCACUUCUAUGCUGUUUUUACAUGUUUUACCAAAAAUGCCAUGUCUAAAAUGUUCAUUUCCUUUGAAGUAGUCUUAAAUCUUUGCGUCUUAAGCUCAACCUUUGCUCUGAUAAAAGUGGAAACAGCUUUAAAGUGUCAACUUCUGCACAGCAAAGAAGCAAAAACACAUUUUUGAAUGUGUGUCAGACACAACUUCGAGCCUGGAUCUGUAUAAAAAAGACGAUGAAUGGUUUGGAUCAGUUGAUUUAUGGCUGGAAACUUGUUGCUGUGUUUUGUGCCGGCUGCUCGGAGCAACAGACGAGGUGAUAAUGAAUGAGGAGGAGGGUCGAGCAGCCGGACCAGACUUUACAUUAGAUCUCUGUGAAUCUCUCGAUGCUCUGCUGUGUUUUCAUUCUCCUGCCGGCUCGGCUGAUCUCUUGGAAUGCAGCAGAAAACACCUCGUUUCUCAGCUGCUGCCUCGUUUCUCUGCAUGUGUCCAUCCGAAUGACUCGUGUGCAGAAUCCGGGAGCUUUUGUUUUGACAGGAAUGUGAUCAGAUUGGGCCGUAUGAGGUGAAGGAAAACAUGCGGAUACAAUCACUCCUCUGGAUUCUGCACCUCCUGAAUCUGACCGAAGCUCAAGACGGCAUGAAUAUCCUGCAGCACAGACGUCUGUCGUCGGUGAGCAGCGACUGUCGGUCCGGCUGUGCCACCUGCUCACCGCUCAACGGCUGCCUCACCUGUAAGAGUCGCUUCUUCUUCCACCUGGAGCUGGACGGGAUCCGUCAGAGGGGAACCUGCCUGACUUCCUGCCCCAGAGGCCACUACGGCCGACGCUCACCCAACAUCAGCACCUGCACCAGGUGUAAAGCCGACUGCGCUUCCUGCUUCAGCGAACAUUUCUGCACGAGCUGCCACCCGGGUCACUUCCUGUUCCGAGGCAGAUGUGAGAACAGCUGUCCAGAGGGUCUGACGGAGAACGCAGCGCUGCGAGAAUGUACAGAAUGUCCUGCGGGCUGUGAAGUGUGCACGAGGAGAAACGUGUGCACUAGAUGUCGAGAAGAUUUGUACUUCCUCCAUAAUCAGUGUCGCCUCACCUGUCCGAGAGGCUUCGAGUCCGACGUACAGCUGAUGCAGUGUAUCCCCCAAAAUCGCUGUGAAGUCGGGGAAUGGAGCCAUUGGGGUUCUUGUAUUCGUAAACGGAGGAUGCGAGGAUUCAGGAAGGGAGAACAAACACGAACCAGACGAAUCCUGAACUCCCUGAGUGUCCACGGAGAUCCCUGUCCUCAUGUGUCAGAGAUCAGGAAGUGUGUCAUCAAAAAGAGACGAAGCAGAAGGUCGUAGUGAUAUCUGUUUAUAUAUUCAGCUCCUUAUUGCACAUUCUGCUUUGUCUCAUAAUUUAAAAACUAUUUUUAACUGUCAAAAUGUGUUCAUCUAAAAAAAAGCUUAUUUUCAUAUCCAGUCCAACAGAAAUGAAUGGAUGCAGAUGAUAAUAGUUACUAAAACUAAUGUGUUCCUACAAAUUCAUCUUUGCUGCAUCACUUCCCUGGAAUUUUUAUUAAAUAUUAUCGUCAUACUUUAUGUUUUGUAA